GGUAAACUGCCCCUGGGCGUGGCCAUCGACAGCCCGGGCUGGGGAACUCGAGGUUAUCAUCUGGAUGUCGGCCGUCACUAUUACCCCACAUCAUUCCUGACCGAGAUGUGUAACUGGAUGUCCUUUUACAAGCAAAACACUUUUCACAUCCACAUGUCAGACAACUUGUACAACAACGUCAGAAUCUACUCCCUAGAACGGCAAAUGGAGUUAUACGCUGCCUUUCGGCCAUGGUCUGACGAUCCUGCUUUGGAUGGUCUGAACAAGCGCCAGAACGAGUCAUAUACCAGAGAGCAGUUUGACAAGUUACAGCGCAGCUGCGCCGCAAGAGGAGUGACCAUCAUUCCGGAGAUCGAGGCACCUGGACAUGCUUUGGUCAUCAGCCAGUGGAAACCAGAGCUGGCCAUUGAUACGAGUAUCGACUUGCUCAACAUCUCGUAUCCGGACACUAUACCUACGAUGAAGACGAUCUGGAAGACCUUAUUGCCAUGGUUCCACUCCAAGGUUGUGCAUAUUGGUGCGGAUGAAUAUGUCGAUCCUGUCCUUACUAAGGACGCCCUCGUCUCAUACUACAAUGACUUUGUGAUCACCCUGAAUGACUUCAUUCAAGAAGAGUCGGGCAAGCAGAUUCGUAUCUGGGGAACUUUCCCACCGAAAGACAACUACACAAACAACAUCCCUCAAGACGUCGCCAUUCAGCACUGGGCGCAAUUUGAGGACAACCCAUACUUUGACUACAUUGAAAACGGAUACAACGUUAUCAACUCUGACGACUCCUUCUACAUUGUCCAAAAGUACUCCGUGCCCUACCCGCAGCAGCUCAACAAGACUCGCAUAUUCCACGGCAAUCCCGGGGACGGCGGCCCGUGGUCUCCAAACAUCUUUGAUGUCAACAAUGCUACCAACAAUCCACCGCGCACCUCUCCCUUUGUCCUAGGCCACCUCGCUGCGCAGUGGAACGACUAUGGACCAAACACUUCUACCUACCUCGAAGCCUACCACCCCUGGCGAUACUAUGGCGCAGCACUGGCUGACAAGCAAUGGGGCGGGGACAUCACCGAGGAGGAGUACGAUUUGGUCUUCCCGAUUCUCCAGGCGGCAGCGCCUGCCCAGAACCUCGAUCGUAGCUUGAAGUCCCAGGGAUCUACGAUACUGGAAUAUAAGUUUGCCGAUGGUUUCGCGAAGCCCGCAGCACGCGGUGUGGAUGUCAAGAGGGCUUCUGAAGUCGCCGUCGAGGACUUAUCAGGCAACGCCUACCACGCAACAACAUCCUGCGGUUUCUCAGCGGUCGACGAUGGUCAUCACACUCCAGCCCUUAGCAUCACGAAUGAAUGUAGUGUAAACACACCUCUGACGUCAAAGGGCAACGACUACACCUUGUCCUUCGCCAUCAGACAACUCCCAUCAUCUAAACCGGGACCGAUCUUUACCGGACCAGACAGCGAGCUGUGGUCUGGCAACGGAACCUCGACGCAGAUCAUGGUUGUAUCUGCGGGGAACGCCUUUGCGCUGAAUUACAGCCUCCCAGUCGGGGAGUGGGUCAAUGCGAGCUUGAUUGGCCGCGGCAACCAGACUUUCUUCUCGGUCGCGACGCAGGACGGCGGGGACGGAGAGGAGAUGGAGUUCACGACGACAAUUGGGAUCAACGGUGAAUCUUUUGCCUGAGCGAGGAUGGCGUUUGUUGCGCCGCUGCAGGUGAUUGGUGGAGGAAACUGGGAGGGGGAGCUGCGGAGCGUCAAGUUGGUUGACCAUGCUUGAUGCCUGUUGGAAAGAGACACCGGUUGACUGGACUGUGGUAGAGGAGGUCCAAGGGAACAAUAGCAUUCUCCGCUAGGUAUGAAGCAUAAGCAUGCUUCAUAGAAGUCUUAAUGCAGGCUUUUCCUUUUGGUUUCCAUGCACCGUUGCAGGACUGAUGUCGACAUCAGAUUCUGCCUCAAUUCUAAAAGACUAGGCGUGGAUGAUUUGUACCGCGGUUUGAGCAA